GAGUGGAAAGGUCCUACUCUAUUGGAUUUUUUUCGGUUUUUUUUUCUACUUGUAAUUUUUCGAAAAUUGUAACUGAUUGUCGUAUAUCAUCAUCAUUAUUAACAACAACAAUAUAUUUAAACAUCAUCGUGUUUAUUCGUUAGUUGGAUAUAGAAUAUAUUCGAGAGCCUAGUGUUAACAAGAAAAUAAGAUCAUAUAACAUUAAUAAUAACAACAAUAACCAAUACACAUAUAAAAUCGAACAACAUAACAACAACAACAAAAAACUGUUACAAUUUGUGAGCAACAUUAAAAAAAACACAAAGAGAAAAAGACUUGAGUCAAAUUGAGCAAUGAUUGCGCUUUGAUUGAUUUUAGUAUGUGGUGAACAGUAAACGAGACAAGACGUUAAAACGGUCGUGUGUUUUUUGAAAAAUAAAAAAAAACUUAGUGUAUUAUAAACAUAAAAGAAAAUAUAUUAAUAAUUUUCAAUUAUUAAAUAACAAUUAAUUAAAAAAAAUUUAAUUGAAAGCAAAAAUAAAAAACUGUGUAAAUUUGUUUAAGUGUUUUUAACAAAAAAAAAAAAAAAAAAAAAAUCCCCUUUGAACUUAGUGUAGUUCUUAGACUAUGCUUUGUCCACCCACCAUGCGUCCCGCCAGUCCUGCAGAAUCUGAAAUUUCAGUGGGCGGUGCCCCCAGCCCUUUGCCUCAAACACAAAAUCGCUCUGCCAUUGAUUUAUUGCAUCAGCAACAACAGUUAAUCUUACAGCAUCAACAUGCAGUGGCCGCCGCUGCUGCUGCUGGUUUAACACGUGCCGCUGCCGUCGGUACAGUGCCAGAGGAAUAUUUUCAACCUUUAAAACGUUUAAGAAUGUCCGCAGAUGCUGAAAGUUUAAAAGAAAGAUCUCCCAGUCCAGUGCAACAGCAGAAUUCCAACUCUAAUACCGGCAAUACAAAAUCCAACCUGGAGGGUGUUAAAAGUUUUUCCAUAGCCGAUAUUUUGGGUCAUGAAAAACGUGAUAGCUCUUCUGUAUCACCACCUCCCAGCGCCACACAAAGAACCUCUACCGGUUUACUACAGCCCCGGACAGAACCUUUGGAUAUAGUGACGGGAGCUCAUCCAGCGGCCAUGUUAUUACCCGGUUCAGCUCAUGUGGUAAGACCCUGGGAUCAUUUAUUGGGUCCCAUGCCUGUAAGACCAUUCAUACCCUCCGCAUUGCUACACUACGAACAAAGAUUGGCUUUGGACUAUCAUCGCCAAUUGCAGGAACACUUUAAUGCUCAGGCCCAAUUGUUAAGACACAUGAAUGGCAUGGAUAUUAUUCCCUCAGAGAGUGGUAGUGAACGUAGUAGUUCUGCUGCUAGUGAUUGUUGUUCACCGGAAAUUAAUCGUUCUUCGGGAGAUUUACAUACACGUCAUUCUCCUCAAUCCUCACAGGAAAGAUCUCAACAUAAUAGUAGUAAUGGUGGUGCUAGUGGAGCUAAUGGCUCCUCUAAUGGUGGUAAUGGUGCAGCAGCCUCUACGAGUGGCGGUAAAACGAAACCUAAUGGCACUCCUUUGGAUGCUUUAUUUCAAAUGACCACCAAAGAUUUUGAUGAAGAACAAGAUAAAUCCCACUUGGAUAUCUUCUCAAAUCGGCCACAACCGAAAAAGAAACGCAAAUCUCGCACCGCUUUUACCAAUCAUCAAAUCUUUGAAUUGGAAAAACGUUUCUUAUAUCAAAAGUACCUGUCUCCAGCAGAUCGUGAUGAAAUUGCUGCUUCGUUGGGGCUCUCAAAUGCUCAAGUGAUAACUUGGUUCCAAAAUCGUAGAGCCAAACAAAAGCGUGAUAUUGAGGAAUUGAAAAAAGAUUUUGAAAGUGUUAAGGUAUUCUCGGGUCAUAAAUCGUUUCUGGAAAACGUCAAUGAUCUAAGUAUACUAAAGAAAAAGCCUUUGCAUCCUGAUGCUGCUGUAAUGGAGGGUUUGGCGGCAGCAGCUGCCGCUGGUAUGAUGCCAGUAGUAACAGGACAUCCCCCCACCAGCUCACUGCAAACACUAUCUCCUCAGAAAUGAAAACGUCUGCUAGCAUUGCUCAAAAAUAGGUUUGAGUACCAAAAAACAGCUCAGAAAAACAAAUGAAACAAAGAAAACCGUUCUCUUUUCCAUAAACCUUAAAAAUUGCUGAAAAUAAUGCAAUUUUCAUCAAGGGUUUUUCUUCAUAAUAACAAAAUCUUUAACAAAUCAUUCCUUUAACAACAACUAAAGAAAAGAGAUAAGAACUUUAAACUCUUAAACACCAAAGAAAGCAGCAAGACAGCAAGUGAGCAAAAUAACAAUUGAGCAUGAAAACAAAAACACAAAAUGUUUAAGCUCUAGACAGAGUAUAAAGCUUCCUAUCAGCAGGCAUAAAAACUUUUGAUAAAAGUUAUUUGUAAAUAAUUGUAAUAUAAUUUAAUUUAUUUCUUUUGUUAAUUCUAAUAUAAUUAAUAUAGUUAAUGUAUAGA